AUGGUAACGCGGCAACAAGCAAUACCAAGAAAUUCUUACCAAGAUGAUGAUGAUAAAGACGACGAGGAAGACGAUGAUGAGGCCGACAGCUUGGAGUGGAUGAACAUCAUCUUCCUUCCCUAUAACCCGGUUUUCCGUCUCAUGGUUCUAUUUUCUGUGCUCUUGAGGAUAAAUAUGGCUGCUAUAGAGUCCCUUUAUCCGAUAAACUGCAGCGAUGUGAUGGACACGAAUUUUUAUUUGGUCAUCAUUAAAUACCUGCACGAGUACUUCUGUGACGUCAUCUAUGGACUUGACACUCUACUUCAUAUAGUUCACAGGUUUGUUCCUUUUGCGCCAUCUUUGCUCUUCCUUAUACAUUAUUAUUUUUAUUUUAGAGUUGCGGACGUUUCUAAGCGACGGGAGUACCCUCCGAAGCCUAAAUUGUAUUUAAUGCUCGAUAUUAUCUCUUUGCUCCCGCUCCAUAGACUUCUUACAUCGGAGCUCUGUCCCCCUAUAAGAAUUUGGCCCAAUGUGUGCAAUUUGAUUGACAUUAUUAUAAUCUACAGAAUUAAUGAGCAUUUUUCACUGUCAACUACACACAAUUUCUGGAACUUGGUUAUUGGUUACAGUCUAUUAACUUUGGUGUUCACUAAUGUCAUAUCAUGCGUUUUCAUAUUACUAACUUACCGGGAACCAUACGGAGUUGGCAUAGGCGAUUUAUACGAUUGGCGAAAAAAAUUGAUCCUUCAGAGUUUUAUGACACUUAAUUAUAAGUUUGGUGUUUUGCAGAUGAAUAAGACGAAUACAGAAUACGCGAGAUACAUGAGCGCGAUGUUAUUAGUGUUAUCUUAUGGUUUACGGGAUCUAUCGAGUGACACCAAGCCAAGCAACAUCACAACGUACUAUUGUGUGACUUUGUUUAUGUUAAUCACAUUCUCGAUCUACACGUUUAUCGCUUAUCCCAAGUCAUUUGCCGAGACGCAGUUAAAACUGCGAAGAAGCUUUGAAUUUUUCCCGCGAGUCCAAAAAAUUGUAGUGGAAACAAAAAGAAAAAGCCACCAUCCUGGAGCGUAUGUUGACGUCAGCAACUUUUAUAACCUAACGUGGAAAAAACGUGGCGGCAUCACAACAACUCCAGAACUUAUUCUUGAGUUUCCUAGACAUUUACGACUUGACAUAAAGAAGGAUCUGACGUGGCCCAUUUUCCAUCACAGUCCCACGUUGAGACGAGUUUCUUUACCUUUCAUUCACUGGCUCUGUGAUCUGACACACCUUGAAUUCAAAUUACCUAAAGAAGUUUUCUUUGCGAGCCCCCACUCUCGCUCUCACUUGUUUUAUCUCAAAUCUGGAAUAGUCCAAUUGAUAUCCGCAGAGGAUGGCACCACUUCUUUACUUUCUGUGUCAGGCGGAACGUUAUUUGGAGAUAUCAAUUUCUUUAUACCUCCUACGGCCACAAAAACUGUAAUCGUCCGCUGCCUGACUUACUGCGAAAUAUAUUUCUUUACUCGGAAUGAUAUUUUAAAAGCUUUGACCAAAUUCCCGGAAGAUCGUAGAAAAAUUAUGGAGAGUAUAAAGAGUAAAAUACAGCAUGCUAGGACUCUUCACACCUGCAAGCAGCAUGUGAGGGGGUUGGAUAGAGCAGAAGAUGAAGGAGUCGCUUGGAUCAAAAAACGCUGGUGGGAAUUACAUGAAGCGAUUACAAAAUGGAAAAACGCAACGAAAAAGUCAGAGGCUAAAUUCGUAUUACCUCCCGAAGAGGCUGUUUAUCACUGUUCAAAAUAUAUCGGCCAACUAGUCUUAUGUCCUGAUGAGCAAUUGCAAAGGCAGUCUAUGUUUGCUAACUGUCAGUUUCCGUGGAUACUCGUGCCUGAUUCUAAAUUCAUAAAAAUUUGGAAUUUAAUUAUUCGUGUCACUGUCACUCUUGUUUUAAUACUGUAUCCACCGCAUUUGCCGUUAUCUAUAAAACCGGAGUAUUUUCGUCAUUUCCAAGCGUGGACAAAUAUUGUAUAUAUUGCUGAUGUUUUUUUGUGCUUAUUAACGGCCAUAGAGGAACAAGGUCACCUACUAUCCAACUUUGCGUCAGUAAUGUUCAAGCGCUGCAAGAGUUGGACAUUUAUUCUUAAUAUUCUGGCAAGUCUUUGGUUGGAGGACGUCGUGGUUAUUAUAGGAAAACCUGAACUAUACUCAAUCAGUCAGUUCAAUAGGCUGAUUAAAGUUUAUUUAGUAUUUUUUAUGGACGACACUAUUAACGAUGUGAACAGAGACCCAAGCUUAAAUGUUUAUCCACCUAUGUUCCUUUACUUGUCCUUCCUUUAUGUAAGUGGUUAUUUUGUGCUCUCGCUUACAAAAAUUGUACCGAAGUUACGUAUAAGGUACUUUUUUGGCAAAUCACUUUGUGGAAAAGAAGCCAUCUGUGACCCAUCACUUUCUAAAAUGUUUGCCGCUUGUUUGACGUGGACCUUUCGGGAUUUGUAUGUUAAAUCGUGGCCUAAUGCGCUUGAAGAACUGGGUGUCAGAGUAGUUUUCGAUUACCUGAGUUUGAUAAUAGCAACAUACUGCGCCGGCCGUUUGAUCGCUGUAAAUUAUUUGAGGAACAUAAACACUUCGAAUUACCUGUUCUUCGCAAUACACUUGAGGCAUAAAUUAAAACGCCAGAAUGUUCAUCCUGAGUUGUGGAAUCGUCUGGAAAAGUACGUGCAAUGUCACUGGAGGCAUAACAGGAAUUUAGAGAUUACUGAUACAAGCCUGCUCCGACAUGAACCUUAUGAUAUAUAUUGGAAGGCGCAUGGUGAGAUCGCUGCAAAAAUCAUCAUGAUGUGCAAAGCUUUUGUCGGGGCCAAUCCAGCCCUCAUCAAGGAACUCGCACGUAUAGCCAGAUUUACAAUUUUACCGAAAAACUCGACAAUAUUGUUAACUGGUGUGACAGUAAAGGACGUAUGCUGGCUUGUUAAUGUAAGUAUUUUUCUUUUUAUGUUCUGCCUACUACAAUUUGAAAAUGACUUCGCAAAACUUACUGGAGUCAUAGUAAAAGAGUGCCAGACGGAGACAGGAGUGGUAACAGAGACCAUCUACGGGCCGGACGAGAGGCUGGUGUCUUGCUCGGCCGUGUUUUUUGGGAAACCGUCUAUGGUCACAUGCACAUCUUUAACGGAAUGUGAGGACAGUUGGAAUGAAAUCGGUAAACCUUCUAAAGAAAAGGAGAAAUUGUUAAAACAUCCCAAAGAAAUGCCCAGGUCUAUCUGGAGACAUCCAGGAUCUAAUUUUUUUUAUUUCUUCCAGGCGCCUUACUAUGAUGCGAGAGGUCUUCUAAUCUACUCUAAAUGGAAAUGCUUCUGCCACUACUUCACACGUGGUCUACUCCUCGAUAUAAUAGCCCUAGUUCCCUGGUACAUGUUGCCAGCGGUGUCACCCAUAUAUAUCGCACAGGAUACCGCCUUGCUUGUCUAUGCUGUGAGCAAAUAUGCCCGUUUGCAUCUGUUUUUGGGUUAUUUCAAUUAUCUGGCUGAUACUCCUUUGGCGAAUGUGUCUACACUGUUGUUGAUAAAAUGGCAAUGUUUCCCUAUAUUACUAAUGUUCUCAAUUAGUCAUUACCUGAUAAUGGAAUGCGUCAAACACGAGUGGGAUGAUCAUUUUGCUUUGAUUAGCACAUCGAAACGGCCUGGCUGUUGGCUACCGAAAUUUAUAGAAUUGUAUCAGGAUCCUUCACCCGAACAGAUGGACUUACUGAUUGGACAGAGUUACAGCGUGGCCCAGUGUGCGUUUCUGCGCAUCUCUUACGGGUUAUUUAAUGUCCGAGAGACCGAUAUGCUUUUGGGAGUCGUGUUGUACUCCCUCACUGUCGUUUAUUGGUGUGUUUUGUGCUACUCCCUGGCGAUAUUGAUGUUGAGCCGGCGGAGUAGCACCCUCUUCCAACACGCGUUCAGCUCUUUGAACAAGUUUCUCAACGCAGAGCGGCUGGACGAUACGCUGAUCAAGAGGUCUUUGGCGCAUUUCAGCUAUUGGUGGAUAAGAACUAAUGGCGUCAAUAUAUACGAAACCUUCAUACAUAAGCGUGUCAGCUCCAUGUUCAGACAGGAUAUCAUUCACUUCUUUCACAGACAAACUUUCACCGGUGUCGACACGUUACUAAAAGGAGGCGAGCAAAUGAUGAAACAACUGUCCUGUCUUUAUUUUCAACUACACCUGCUGCCUAAUGUCCCAGUUAUGAGGGAAAUGGACCUAAACCCCUGGGUCUUCAUAGUGCAUAGAGGCGAAGUUGUGAUCACUCAGAAAGGGAAGACUUUGGCUACUCUUAAGAAGGUUGGCUCAAUAUUCGGUCAGCUAGAAGGCACGGAGCACCGGCCGGUGCGAGUGUCAGCACACACCACCGACUACACCGAUAUUCUGAGGAUACCUGUGGGUGCCUUCCAGGAAAAUAUUGACGAUAAGACCCGUUUCAACAUACACCGGCACCCGACAGCAGCCAUGGAUUAUAUGCAAGUGAAGGAUCCACCUAAAGAGAACCCAUACUACUCCAUUAAGUACUUGGUCAGAGGCGGCAAGACCAUCAAACUACCCUUAGAAAUGAUAUUAUUUCAGUGGAUGAAGCAGUGGGUGAAAGCGCACCUAACCCGCAAAUACGCCUUGUGGCUGGCCCUGGUCUGGUUCGUAGGGCCCUACCUUUCUUCUGCCAUCGUCUUGAUCCUCAACACUUUGCCGUUGGAAACGAUACAUAUGCUGUUGGUGGUGUUGGUUCUUCUUGAUAUUUUACACCUUGCGCAUUUUGUAUCGGAGUUUUAUACGGUAAGCUUACGUUAUCAAUAUGAAUAUCAGCACACGCUAGCGGAGUUUUAUACGAUGGAACUAGUUAUAAUAAACGACGAGUGCGUAUAUCGACACGUGAAAUUGAGAAGAUUCAAGAAUGUUCAAACGUAUAUCGACAUCAUUUCUCUUGUUCUGCCGAUGCUGACUAUGUUUACUAGCAAUUGGGGCUAUCAGCUGGCAAGACUUCUUCGUCUUCGAUUCUUUUACCAGUUUUAUAAACAUUUCUGUCAGGAUUUCAAGGUACUGCCUCCUGUUUAUAACCUUCGCAGUCCAGUGACUCAUAUUAUGGGUCACGACGAAUUGACUCCACAAGUCCGUGCCACACAUAUGGCAUCUAUAUUGGACAACUCUUAUUACAUACCAAAACCUGUGGAAACUCUAGAUCAGUAUCAAAGGUACUACAACGAAUGGAUAGAUCCUGAUAUCAGAGGAGAAGGUUGUAAAACAGUAGUGUUUAUUCAGAAAAAGAAAUUCUCCGGUAAUCACAGUUUCCUAGUGCCGAUGAGAUGGCAGGACGAUUACGCUAUUGCCCUGGGCUUCAUCAUGAGUCUUAUCACCAAAACUAACUCUGGCAAUUAUGCCGCCAUUAAUCUUCAAGAAAUGUACUACGAAUGUUUCGUAUGCUACAUAUGCCACCUCGUGUGUAUAUGGAUAGGCAGUUCCGCGUUCAGAGAGAUGUACCUGAGUUAUCGGGAACUGCUGAAUUUCGACUACAAUGCUGCUAAUUUGUACAGUUACUUGAAACAUAGUGGUUUGAAUCAGUCACUGUUGGAGCGCGUGAAAGGGUACACUGCUCUUCUUUGGCAGAGGCAAAGAGGUAACUGGAUGCCUGAAUUGGUGGUGGAAGCUCCGCUGUGCCUCAGAGAGGACCUCUACGUGGCGUUGUACGCAUAUCAUUUGCAGGAUAUCCCUCUGUUCAGGUCGCAGCCAGCUUAUUUUACAAGGCAGUUAGCUACUAGGAUGCAUAGGGUCGUUAUAUGUGCAGGCAGGGAGCUGAUACAGGAGGGAGAUGUUUUUGCCUGCAUCUACUUUAUACACGACGGCGAAGUCGAGAAAUGGUCUACUGAUGCAAGCGGAGAAAGGAAGCUGGUAUCAGUGCUAUCAACGAAUGGAUUUUUCGGAUUGGUCCCUGGCCUAUUCCCGGACACACCUGUACAGUUCACUUUCGUCACAAGAACGGUAACAGAUAUGGUGUUCCUCCGGAACAGAGACUGGCGAGAUCUGCUGGAUGGGUACCCGGAUAUAAAACGCGACCUCUACACCGCGGCCAGGCACUUAAAGAAGGCUCCGGAAAACCAUAAAUAG